UAAGGGUAGUUGGAAAAAGAAGUCUGUGGCUCCAGUUAACCUGCUUAAGCAGAUCUGUAAGCACUAGAACAAUGCUACUGGCUAUUUUGUGCUGCCUGCUGUGGGGUUUCCAGAUCUCUGCAGGCCAUUUCCCUCGAGCCUGUGCCUCCUCUGAGAGCCUGAUGCAGAAGGAAUGUUGCCCACCAUGGAGUGGUGAUGGAAGUCCCUGUGGCCAACUUUCAGGCAGAGGCUCCUGUCAGGACGUUCUUCUGUCUAAUGCACCACGGGGGCCUCAAUUCCCCUUCACAGGUGUGGAUGACCGGGAAUCUUGGCCUUCUGUCUUUUACAAUAGGACUUGCCAAUGCUCUGGCAAUUUCAUGGGAUUCAACUGUGGAAAUUGCAGGUUUGGAUUCGGGGGACCAAAUUGCACAGAAAAGCGACUCUUGGUGAGAAGAAACAUCUUUGAUUUGAGUAUCCCGGAGAAAGAUAGAUUUCUUGCCUACCUCAUAUUAGCGAAGAAUACUAUUAGCAAAGACUAUGUCAUCCCCACAGGCACCUAUGGUCAAAUGAAUAAUGGAUCAACACCCAUGUUUAAUGAUGUCAACAUUUAUGACCUCUUUGUCUGGAUGCAUUACUAUGUGUCAAGGGACACACUGCUUGGAGGAUCUGAAAUCUGGAGAGAUAUUGAUUUUGCCCAUGAAGCACCAGGUUUUCUGCCUUGGCAUAGACUUUUCUUGUUAUUGUGGGAACAAGAUAUCCGGGAGCUGACAGGGGAUGAGAACUUCACUGUUCCAUACUGGGAUUGGCGAGAUGCAGAAAACUGUGAUAUUUGCACUGAUGAGUACAUGGGCGGGCGUCACCCUGAAAACCCUAACCUACUCAGCCCAGGAUCCUUCUUCUCCUCUUGGCAGAUUAUCUGUAGCCGCCUAGAGGAGUACAACAGCCAACAGACUUUAUGCAAUGGAACCCCUGAGGGACCUUUACUUCGUAAUCCUGGCAACCAUGACAAAACCAGGACCCCGAGGCUCCCCUCCUCAGAUGAUGUGGAAUUUUGCCUGAGACUGACCCAGUAUGAAUCUGACUCCAUGGAUAAAGCUGCUAAUUUCAGCUUUAGAAAUACACUGGAAGGAUUUGCUAGUCCACUUACUGGGAUAGCAGAUGCCACUCAAAGCAGCAUGCACAAUGCUUUGCACAUCUAUAUGAAUGGAACGAUGUCACAGGUGCAGGGAUCAGCCAAUGAUCCCAUUUUUCUUCUUCAUCAUGCCUUUGUUGACAGUAUUUUUGAACAGUGGCUCCGAAGGCAUCGCCCUCUUCAAGAAGUUUAUCCAGAAGCCAAUGCACCCAUUGGACAUAACCGUGGAUCCUACAUGGUUCCUUUCAUUCCUCUCUACAGAAAUGGUGACUUUUUUAUUUCAUCCAAAGAGCUGGGCUAUGAAUACAGCUACCUCCAAGAUUCAGAUCCAGGCUUUUUUCAAAACUACAUUGCGCCCUAUUUGGAACAAGCCAGGCAGAUCUGGCCGUGGCUCCUUGGAGCAGCUCUGGUAGGAUCCGUCCUUACUGCCAUGCUAGCAGGGCUCACCUGUCUUCUGUGCCAUCCCAAGAGAAAGCAGCUUCCGGAGGAAAGGCAGCCGCUUCUCAUGGAAAAGGAGGAUUACCACAGCUUGUUGUAUCAGAGCCACUUAUAAAAGGCUUGGGCA